GGCUCUAUGUUCAGUGAUCGCUCGGACGCUUCGCACAUCGCACGUCGCACGCCGCACGCCCCAUAACAGUUUAGUCCACAGCACGCGAAAAAAAGAUAAUAAAACCAACCGACCCCGAGUGACCCUUGAGUGCAUACCGAGCGGCCGACACGAACGAAACGACUUCGCGAAGACAUUCCAUUUAACAAUUAAAUUAUUACGAUUAACUCAACACUAACACGCUUCGCUUUAACAACGUGAGCUUAAUUAACUUUAUUAUAAGUUACAAUUAACUUAAAGGUGAAAACGAAAAUCAGCGAACUGUGCAUUGGAAAAAGUUGGCGAUUUUUAAAUGGUAACGGGCGGCCGUGGUCCGCUGUAGCUGGACACAGGAAGAACGGAAGCAAGGUGGCCGCCCUGAACGACACGCAGCCAGCAGCCAGGCCACUCACAGUAUGUCUGAGGGGGAUGUGUCGUUGAUACACGACGAGGACGUGUUGCGGCGUAUGUGGCAGCAAACGGAGGAUUUUUCCCGCAAGAAAGAGAUCCGCGCACACAUGUACCGGCUGCGGGAGGAGCGCCUGCGCAACCUCUACUCACCGGAGCCCCCGCACGCUCGCGCCGACACCAAAGGUUGUGAGUUCACAUCGCCGCAGGGGCAUGUCAAGUCCUUCGCGGACCAGACCUUCCAGUCGAUGAAGAGUAAGGAGGUGCGCGACGCGGGCUCCCCGCCCAAGGAGUUCACGUACCACGGCCAAGAUCUCAAAGCGCUCUCUAACGCCGGUUGGAACGUAGAGUCUGAGAACAAGAAGACCGACGAUGGCCACACUCACGUUAAGUCCGUCAACGCCAACAUCGAAGGAAGGUACGACGUGGAAGGCGGGAAAGGGCAUUUCGCCGCCAUAGACCAGCACAAGCAAGCAGUCACCGAGUACCACGACGACAACACCAGUCUCAAGAGGAAUGAAAGUUCCUCAAACACGGCUGCUCGCGAGCACGUGGUACGGCAGACCGACGACGGCACUCAGGUCUCGUCGGUAACGAGUUCCUCGACCUCCACGUCCAAAUACCAACAAAUGUCGUCCACGAAACACGAAACAGUGCCAUAUUUAAGCAACGAUGACUAUGACCAAUCUCAACAAACUUCUUACGAUACUAACCGUAAUGAACAAUUCACUGCUAAAAGACAAGUUACACAGAGUAACGAUUAUGAGCAUAGCUUGAGAAAAACUGAUUUUGAAACUGGAGAAUUAGAAUCCAGGAAAGUAGAAUAUCCUGAUGAGAAUACGAGAAUUGUGGUAGAAACAAGAUGCUUACCAGACGGUACUAGGGUCACGAGCACUCGUCGAGAAUUUAGAGCGCCAGUGGUGCAGAGUUCUCGAUCAGAACAACACUCUCAGCAAACUAGAAGUGAAAAUAAGUCCUCAUACUCUACUUCAUCGCAACAAAGAUCUGAUUUCAAAGAGUCGUCCUCUAAAGUUAUUCAAGAAAAUUUUGAUAAUCGCGUUACCGAUAUUGUUGAUUCUCAAAGAUAUGUUGAUGACAACGAUUUCAAAAGAAAUCAUCAGACUGAUUAUUCACAAACUGAAAAAGAUCAUACUGAUCGCUUUUCUAAAUCUACCGAAAGACAUACUGAACAUCGAUAUCACGAAUCUACAGAUCAUGAGCCUAUAUUGCAUGAAACUUUUACGUCACAAAAUAGACAGAAUGUAAACCAACAUGAUGUUCACGAAACGCAAUAUAUUAAUAAAGACAGAGAAGAAAGAGUUCAUGAUAUAUCUACGGAAAACAAAGUUGAAGAAACCACACAGAAAAAGAUCAGCAAUGACCAGUACCAAACAACUUAUCAAACCGAAUUUACACAAAAAAAUAGAGUAAGUAAUGAUUGGAGUCCAACUCAUCAAGCUUGGGCUAGCACUCUUCGAGCUGAUACGCCAACAUCAACUCGUCCAUCAACUAGAGCUUCAUCUCCUGGUGGUCGGACUUUCCAAUCAAGCACUUCUUCACUAAGAAGUAGCGUAAGUCCAGAUAAAACAUACAGAAAACCAUCCAGCCGUGGUGGAAGUCCAAACAAAAUUGACAGAUAUUCACCAACACGCAGCAUGUCUGAUAAAUAUUCUAGCACCCAUUCCACUUAUUCUGUUACUGAUACAAAGACGAACAGAUAUACCAGCUCAGAAGAACGUACGCUAACUUUAACUACAAAUUCUGAUCAAAAACGUAAUGAUGAACGUCGUCAAAGACCAAGUAUCAGUCCUGAUAAACGCCCACGGGAGAAUUAUAGAUCAAGUGAGAGUCCCGAUAGAAAACCUACAUAUAGAACUAGUCCUAUGAAGGAAAUAUCUAGAAUGAGUCCUAAUUUACAACCUAAACAUCAAGAAGGUCCACACAGACCUAGCACAAGUCCUGAUAGAAAGCCUGUCAAUAAUACUACAAAUAAUAUUGCCCCGAAAAAACCACAGAGAUCAAAUAUAAGCCCUGAAAAGAAACCAAAAAAUGAUUGUGACAAUAUUUCAAAGGCAAGCUCUCCAACAAAACCAUUACCUAAAGAUGAUAUCCCGUUAAGAUCUAGUCAAAGCCCUAAUAGAAAACCUGGUUAUCAAAUACAUGAUACAGAUAGAGAUUCUAAAAACAAAAUAUUAAACGAAGAAAAAACAAAAGAAAAUUACCCCAGUACAACAUCACCAAAGCGACCUUCAACGCAACAUGAAAAUGCUAAAAGACCAAGUUUAAGUCCUGAGAAAAUUCCUAGUGAUUAUAAAAGAACAAGUUCUCCUCGACGAUCUGUGGGCAGCCCUGAAAAAGAGAUAUCUCCGACCAGAUCUCAUUCUGUAAGACCAAGUUCAAGCCCCGAAAGAAAACCUGUUUUGCCAAGUAAUACAAAUUAUGCAAAACCUGCAGAUGACAAAGAACUAAUUUCCCCGACAAGAGGAAGUAUUAGUCCCGAUAGAAGACCAGGUUAUAUGAAACCAACUGCUGUCUCACAACGUUCCUCAAAUAUUCCGGAAUACUCUCCCAACCGACAACUUAUUGCUCAGAGCCCGGAAAGCAACGUUACCGAAAGAACUGUAAGUAAAAUUAAAGAAGAUCACUAUAAGUUUGUAGAUGAAGAAACUAAAGUAUACGACUAUACUAAAUCUGAUACAAGGGAUACAACAAAACAAACUAUCUCAACUCCAAAGUACCCUGGUAUUCACGAAAAAAGCCAAUCGCCAUCUAUGAAAUUACCUCAAGAUGUACCCGACUUCUGUCAUUCUGACUCGCCUCCCCGUUCAACACUACGGAAAGAUUCCAGGUCUCCGUCACCAUCUAAAGGUUCAGUUACAUUUAAACAUUUAGAUAAUGUUAAAACAACAGGUAAAAUAUCAUCUAUAACUAACAUUUCAACAGAUAUGAAUGAAAACAUUGAUGUAACAGAAUACGAAGUAAAAAAACAUAAAGAUAUUUCAACGCCCACCAAAAACAAUAUUCCUAGAGAAUCAUCUCCAUCGAAAUUUGGAACAUAUGAUAAAAAGCAACGUCAUUUUCAAGACAAUCAAGAGACGAAAGUAAUAACUAGCAAAGAUACAAAAUAUGAUUCCCUAACACGUCGGGAAAAAUCUACCUCACCUAAAAAAGACCAUGAUUCUCUUACGUCCACUCAUAGAAAAACACCAAGUGUUUCUCCUGUCAAGUCUGUUAGUAAAGACAGCAAGUAUAAUCAGACGAUUGAUCUUAUUUCAACAGAAAAAACCAGAGAAGAAAUUAAUAGAACCAAUAAAGGCCAUACGAGACAAUUAGUAACACCGUCUACUAGUCCUACUAGGAAACCUAAAACUUCUGAACCAGAACCUUCUACAGGACAAAGUUCGCCUACUACUUCAGUUAGUGGAUUUGUUUACUUUAGCAGUCCCCGAAUCGAUAAUACUAUUGUGACAGAUCUAGAUGAUCAGCAGUUCUGUUUAGAAACAGAUGAAAUUGACGAGGUGACAACAUCCAAAAGACCAGAAACCCUGGAUGUAAAUACAAAACGUUCUCCAUCACCAUCUAAAAUACCAUGUAGGUCACCAGCUCAAGAAAAACAUACAUCGCCUACAAGAGAUAAUCUUCCAAGAAAAAGUUCAUUGAAAAAGCCUACAUUGAAUAAUAAUUUAAUUUCACCUGUUGAGAAACCACCUUCUAGUUUCCAAGUAUCACCUACGGUUGAAACACAGGACUUACCUGAACAUAAAAUAAUAAAAAAGGACCAUCCAGAAAAGCCUGACUCUGAUUCAUCGAUAAAAUCAAAACCUCCACUGAAAAGACGAGAAACUUACGAUGAACGAUGCCGAAAAAUACUUGGCAUGGUAGAAGAUCAACCAACAUCGGUUACAACUAUUACAAAAGAAACAUUACAAACACUAGGAUCUAACAAAAGUUCACCCAGUGUAUCACCUUGCGGUAGUCCAAAACAAGAAUCUCCAUACAGAGAAGUUAGAGAAGAAACGAAAAAUAAUAAUAUCAAUGUAUCUGAAUUUAUAACUCAAGAACGGGAAAAUAAUAUAAAAACUCGUUAUAAUGAUACAGUUCCCGGAAAGAAAUCUAAGAUUCCUUCAAGGGAGAGUUCUCCUACUAAGGUUCAAGGUAUAACAUUGCAAACUAAUACUACAACUACAUUCGAAGAAACUUGUAGGAAAGUCGAUGAAAAUAUUACUACAGAAAUUAAUAAUGAAUAUUCAAUAACCAAACAUAAUAUACAACCAAAACCUGAAUCAAAUUUGCAAUCUACUUCUCCGUCUUACGAAAAACAUCAAAUCGAAGGCCAUCCUAAGAAUGAAUUUUUAUCAAAACCGAGCCAAAUUUCCAGCAAGAAACCAGAAAGUCGACAGCAAACACCUCCAAAUCGUUCACGGACAAGCUCUCCCACAAAAAUCCUGAAAGAAAAUCAAGACAUAAAACCAACAAACACACCUGAUCGUAAGCAACCACUUACUAUAGAUAUUAAUGACAUUCCUAAAAGCACCGCUUUAAAAGAAAAAUCUACGCACGAUGAACCCAAAUUGGACGUUAUAUCUUCAAAAAUAACUGACAAAAAUGACACUAUAUAUACAACACAAGAAAACACUGAAAUGAAAUCCAAUAAAAUUUGUACCACAAAAUCAUCAAUAAGUCCUACCCAAAAGGUAUCUUCUACUAAACAGUCUAGUACUGAUUUAACAAAUCAGUUUACUUCUACAAAGCAACCACUAGAAUCUAAACAUUCCCGAACCCCUUCCCCUUCCAAAACAAAUUACUCUAAUAUUACUGAAAACAAUACAAGUUUCAUUACAUCCGAGAGAGAACAAGAAAUAUUAAAUAGAGUUCAGCAAUCCCUUAGAAAAUUGUCACCAAAACGAAAUGAAAGAUCGCCGAGUCGAGAAAAGAGUCCAUCUAAAACAACUACUAGUUUACAAGAUUUAGAGAUCUCAACUGUGUCUCUUAAGACUAGUACUGAAAACAUUAAUGAAGAAGACAAUAAAAAUUAUUUAGUUUGUGCAGUGAAAUCGACUAAAAAAGACGAUAAACUUAAAGAUCAAAAAAUAUCUAGCAAACCUCCUUCAAGAAAUAUUUCUCCUGCAAAAAAACCUACAAAUAUUGCUACUCCAACUAAAACAAGAAAAUCUUCUGAUUCUCCAACUAAAUCUAGAAGCAUAUCACCUAAAAAGUCUGUUAGCACUGAAAGACCUCAAUCACCACAAUUAUCUAAAGUAAGUGGCAUCAAACCAAGGGAGACUAUUCCUUCCCAUUUGACUCGAAAACCCACACCCGGAUCCUUAUCGCCAACUAAAUUAGAAAAAACAACAACUACGGAUAUUAAAAAAAAUAUAAAACAGAAUAGUUUUUCUAAAACUACGUCCAAAAUAACAUCAAAUAAACUUGUUCAAUCGGCAACAAAUAAAUCUGUUGAACUCGAAACAAGACCUACAACUAAAACAAAUAAGGAAAAUACUAGCCCUAAGACGGAUAUUAAUGUCCCCGUAACAAGGAGUCCAAGUGACGUUUCUUUAAAAUAUAAGAGGCCUUCGCCGCAAAGGGUAAAAUCUAAACCAGAAAUUCAAAUAAAUGAUAUUUCGACCUCCAAAACUAAACAAAUAAAUUUAACUGCCAAUAAAAUUCAAAAAUCAUCACCUAAGGAAGUGCAUCCAAAAUUACCGAAUAAACCUAAAUCUGCCACAGCAUUAAAUACAGUUAUGGAUGACGACGAUAUUAUUAUUGAUGUUCAACAAGCCAAAUCAUCUAGAGAAAAUUCUCCAGAUAGAAUUUGUCCCACCCCAAUUGGUUUUAAUGAAGAUAUUGGCACACCAAGGUUCCCUGAUGAAGUAAGUGAGCCGGAUGACGAUUUCCGUAAAAGAACUCAUCAUACAAUCCAUGAAACGGAAUCAAUUGUAGAUGACAUCGUCGAAAUAUCUGAAGAUGAUGAGCUGUUCGCGAAAAGAACAAACGAUAAUACCAUUAUUGAAACUGACGAAUGUCAUUUAAGUGUUAAUGAUAAAGUUUCCAAAUUCACAAAUAAAAUAGAAAGUGUAACUAAAACCAAACAAUCAACAAAUCAGUUUAAAGACACUGAACGUAAAGUCCAUUCAGACUAUAUCUCUGAGGAGUUUGGAUCAGAUGACUGCUUACUUUCUGUUUCCGAAAAAGUAAACAAAUUUGCUAAGGGUCCGGAAAGUACAAAAGAUAAUAGAAGUCCAACACGUAAAAUUGUAGAUGAAUAUGAUACAAACACAACUUAUCAAGAUGAUUACACUAAACUUAGUGUCAAUGACAAAGCUCACUUAUUCGUAGAAACAGCUGAAUAUGCUAAAACACCUAAAAUUAAAUCAUCAUACAAAAUUGAGAGACCAGAUAUGAGUGAUGUUGACGAAUCAUUAAAACGUGAUGAUUGUUUACUCAGUGUGUCCGAUAAAGUAAAUAAGUUUGUAAAAACAGCUGAACAAUUUUUAAAUGAAACAACAGAAGUAGAAGAAAAAGAAAGAAAAAUUAAAGAAGAACACGACAAAAUCAUGAAAAAAAUUACUAAUGAAGUGUAUGAUUCAGAUAUCAAUAAAAUUGACAUCAGUAAAACAAAUGAAACUAUCACACUUAAGAAAGAUAAUGACCACGUAAAUAAAUUGGGAUCCUUUUCAAAAGAAACUGUGUCUUCACAAGCAAAACUAAAAGACCAUGUUAGCAGUAACCUAAAACCAACUGAAAAAACACCUCCUGUAAAAAUAACAAUGCGUAGCAAUGUAGCUGUAAAAAAAGCGAAGGCUUUGUUUGAAAAUAUAGCAUCAACAAAUCAGAAAAAUACUGAUAUUACACAUUCAAAAACAACUAAAUUAACCGAUAUCGGUGUAAUUAAAAAAUCUCCAAAAACUGAUUCAACAAUAGUUCUUCAUCCUUCUUUACAGAACUCGCCUAAUAUUACUGACAUUGAUAGUGAAAUAGAUGGCACACCUCAGAUACAACAGGAACCAAAAGAUCAUUUAUUCAGAAAUACAUCCCCACAAUUCUCAAAUAAAGAACAAAAUCCUAAUCUUUUACGAACUCAAUCACCUGAAGUAUCAAGAAAUAAAUCACCAGCACGACAAAUAUUGGAAACAACUACUAAAACAGUUUCUUCAAAAUAUCCACCUAAAGAAGAAUACAUAGCAUCAGAAAAAGAAAAAUCUGAAAAACCUCAAGAUAAAAUCCCAGGUUACCUAAGACCUACGAAAACGAGCCAGUAUAAGGAAGAAGUGAAAGUUAUUGAUGAAACAGAAGUUAGUAGCCGACGCGGCAGUGGAAAGUUUGGAGUAGAACUUAGACGUACUAGCAUGGAACGAUCUAGUGCAAGCAGCGAACGACGUCGCAGCGUUGAUCACCAUCAGCCGUGUAUCGAAGACAUCUUUGAUCUGGACCUCCUUGAACAAAUGUUGGAAAAGGUCGUGGGUUAUGAACAGCGGCGACGCAUUAGAGCACAAAUCCGAAUUGCUAAGAAAAAAUUAGAAACUGACAUGAAUAUGAAGACAUCUAAGCAAGUAAUAACAAAUAUCUCAAAAAAUAAAUCUCCUGAUCGACAAAUAACAUUACCUGACGUUAAGCCAAAGUCUACAUCACAGAGAAUACUGUCACCUGAACGACAUAUAAAAACAGAAACAGUUAUUGAAAAUAAAUCUAAAGAAUCUCAUCUCUUGGUUGUAAAUGACUAUUCUAAGGAACAAACUAAAACUGAAAAACACUCGCGUCCCCAGAGCCCUGAAAAAAAUGUGACGAAACCAAUCUCCAAAGCAAGAAGUCCUAUGCGUCAGGCAAGUCCAGAAAAGAAAUCAAGACCACUAUCUCCUAGUAAAACAACUACACCAAAAACUAAACAGAACCGCUUCAAUGAAUAUGCAUCCGCUUAUAUGAAGAAAGUGGGCUUAAAAGAUUCUGAUAAAACAAAGGUAACAGAUAUCAAAACUAAAAAAGCUACUGAAACAAGUGACCAUAAAAUUUCAAAUCAUGAAGAACAUUUAACAAAAUCUUUCGAAACUAGAGAGGUGAAAACGAUAAAGUCUCAAGACACCAUUAAAAGAACUAGUUCCAAAGAUACUAUAGAAAUAGUUCAUACAAAUGGUAAGCGGACACCUUCUCCAGAGAAAAAACGGAGUCCUGAACGAAUAAUAGAGAUUCAAAUUGAGAAAGAACCACGUCGCUCUCCGAGUCCUGUUAUAAAAAGACAGAAAUCUGAUGUCAAUAAGAAUGAGACAACAGUAAAACAAAUGCCUGAUAUAGGAAAGAAGAUUCAACCGAAGCAAACUCAAGAGGAGAAACCGUCGUGGGUGACGAAUCGUAAUUUAAAAAAAGUUACAGAAACACGAACGUACGGUACGAAAAAGUUGGAACCUGAAAAGCCAAAGUACCGAGCGCCGAGUCCUUCCAAAGUGAUCUCGAAGCCCACAGACGUAAUCACGUCGAGCUACGGGCCGGGUCCGCUUGACGCCAACGGUAAACCACUAUUCGGGAUCAAGGCAUUGAGGAAUGGAGCCACUAAUUACCAAGUGAAAGGCACGGUGAUCCGUCAAGAGUUCCACUCGCGGAACGGCGGCGAGCCGGAGGGUACGGUGUCGGUGACAGCGUACUCCAACGAGCCGGAGGAGCUGGAGCGGCUGCUGCAGGCGCAGGGCGAGCGACCCUCGCGGAUGCACGGCCUCGCCGCCAUCACCACUACCAAGAAGUUCGGCGGCGACACUGGCACCACCAUGCGGGAAGCGCAUACUAAAGAAGAACGUGCAGCCUUAGAGCAAUUCACACAUUCCGAUCGUCGCGUGACCAACAAAGUGGAAAAUGUAAUGAGCGGCAGUUUUGAUAAACGGGAAAAUAGCUUUGCAGAAUCCAAGAAGAUAGAGGACAGGUCAGAGGACAGGUGGAAGAGGACUGAGGACAGACAGCAGAAAACUCAAGAGAAGCAGGAGAGAUCUAAUGAUAGAAGGCAGAGGAUAGAGAGGAGGGAAGACAAAAAGACCGUGCGCCAGAGCUCCGUUAAAUCUCUUACCGAAAAAUAUAUAAAGAGUGCAAGUGAGACGAACAAGAGCGAGCGUGUGUCGUACCCGAAAGCUGGGUUGAUCCUGCGCACCGCCACCAUGAAGGACAGCUUCUCCAGCGACUCCUCGGCGCACGCGGGUCUGGCCCGCACCGACAGCGACCACAGCCUGGCGUCAGUGGAGGACGUGGUGACCACGUCCACGACGGAGCGCGGCGACGGGCGCACGGUCACCACCACCACCACCACGCGCCGCUCGCACCACGGCCAGGAGAAGAGCUUCCUCGACAGCAGCACCAAGGUCACCGGCGUGCAGGACAUACUCACCAGGAUGAAGAACGCCGAUAUUGUGAUCCAGGAGGGCGACAGCACGGAGGACAGCGAGGCACGCGCGCUGCUCAACAAGUUCCUGGGCGCCACCGUGCUCAUGGCCGGCAUGCAGAACUACGUCACCGAGAAACCCGCCGGCAAGGUCACCGUCAGGCAGGAAACAGUCCGCAGCAGCGGUGGCAAGGUGACCAGUGAACGCAGCGUACAGGAGUUCGACAUAGAACAGUGCUGGGACGAGCGCGUGCUCAGGAAACUUUUGGACGAGUGCAGUGACUACGAGCAGCGUCGGCGAUUGCGAGCACGUCUGCGCACACUCAUGGCUGAGCAAGAAGCAUGCGCGAGCGCCGUAACGGAAGCGCUGGCGGCGGCCGGCGAGGGGGGCGACAACGCGGAGGGCAACGAAAACGAGGCACGCGAGGAAGAAAAAGUAACCACAGUGACAUCGAGCGUUAGGAGGAACUCAUCCGAGAAAACUGUUAGCAGUAGCACCACCACCAAAACCUCUAAAGUGUCGGAAACAGUUAGCCGGCCGGCAUCCAAGCAAGUGUCGCCCUUCGCCAAGUUCCGCCAGCUCGAGAAACAAAAUUCAGUCAACAGUCCCAACUCGCCCAAGACGCCGCAGAGCCCGGGCUCUCCGUCGCAGCCUUACUUCAAGUUCACCGACCCCACGGUGCAGGCCAGCGCGCUCACGAUUAAAGAGCGGCUGCUGCAGUGGUGUCGCGACAAGACACGGGACUACGAGAAUGUGAAGCUGGAGAACUUCUCGACGAGCUGGGCGGACGGGCUGGCAUUCUGCGCGCUGGUGCACCAUUUCCUGCCGAACACGUUCGACUACUCCAAACUGACGCCGGAAAAGCGCCGGGCCAACUUCACGCUCGCCUUCAAAGUCGCCGAUGAGAAGGCGGGCAUCUACCCAUUGCUGGACGUGGAUGACAUGGUGGCGAUGCGCAAACCCGACUGGAAGUGCGUGUUCACGUACGUGCAGUCCAUUCACCGCCGUUUCAAGGAUGAGGACUGACCGCAGUGACCGCCGCCUGCUGUGUCCACUUAUACAGGUUGAGUCGGAACGAAUGUACCAAUAGCAGCUAAGUGAUAGUAUUCAUGCAACUCAAUUGUCUAUGGGGCUUAGUAAGACACGCUCAAAAUCAUUUUAAUUUUCGAAUCUUCUUCAGAAAUUAUUUCUUCAAUGCUAUCACUGAUUUUCGGCAUGGUAUACUCUUUCCGACUUAGCCUGUAUAGUUCUCGCUGGACACAGUACGUUCACGACCGAUCCAAGGCGUUAGAUAGCAGUAGUCAAACGUUGUAGUCACAAAAAAUUGUAUGUUGUUUCUUUAUGUUGAGUCCAAAGAGCGUAUGUUGUUGAUUUGUUUGUUAUAUGUUAUGUGAGAUGUUUAUGAUCAUUGUCCGCCCAACUCGUUUCUCCAAGCGCUGUCUCGUACAGUCCUCCUAUUUAUUGUAUAAUCUCAAGAUAUAUGUGAUUUUUUUUUUAUAUUAGCUCGUAAGUUUCACUAACAGUUGUACGUUAGGUCAUAGUCUGUAGAUUGUCUAUUUGUUUAUCGAAUGUUGCGAAUCGUUCGCAGGGAUCGCUUUGACUUAUUUGUUCACAUAAGGAAGUUGUAUCCUUGUCGUCCGGUACGGUCCCACGGACGCGUACCCCGCACUUUGCGAUUUUAACCAUAAUACCUUAUUUUAUGCUACUUAUUUGACAUUAAUAACAGCGGCUUCAAAUAAUCGCGUACUGAUUUUAUCAAAUUAUAUUAUUAUAAAUAUAUUUAUGUUAUUUUAUAUUGAUAAUGAAUGAAAUAAAUAUUAUUAACAUAUAA